UUCUUCUGAUGCCUUUUUCCCUCCCCCAAGUCUCUCUGAAACCAACAAGACUGGGGUUAUGAAGUCAAUCCUAGAUGGCCUCGCAGAUACAACUUUCCGAACAAUCACAACAGAUCUCCUUUACGUGGGCUCCAACGAUAUCCAGUACGAAGACAUGAAAGGCGACAUGGCAUCCAAACUGGGAUACUAUCCCCAGAAGUUCCCUCUCUCUUCCUUCAGGGGUGAUCCUUUCCAAGAAAAGAUGACUGCAGGAGAUGAUCCCCUGUUGAGCAUUAUUCCAUCAGAUCAGGUCAAUAUCACAGAGUUUUACAACAAGUCCCUGUCCACGUUUAAGGAUAAUGAGGAGAACAUACAGUGUGGGGAGAACUUUAUGGAUAUGGAGUGCUUUAUGAUCCUGAACCCCAGCCAGCAGCUGGCCAUUGCCGUGCUAUCACUCACCCUGGGCACCUUCACAGUCCUAGAGAACCUUCUCGUCCUAUGCGUCAUCAUCCACUCCCGAAGCCUCCGGUGUAGACCCUCCUACCAUUUCAUCGGCAGCCUGGCUGUGGCCGACCUCCUGGGCAGCGUGAUAUUUGUCUACAGUUUUGUGGAUUUCCAUGUUUUCCACCGGAAGGACAGCCCCAAUGUCUUCUUGUUCAAACUGGGUGGAGUUACAGCCUCCUUCACUGCCUCCGUAGGUAGCCUUUUCCUCACGGCAAUAGACCGGUACAUAUCUAUACACAGGCCACUAGCUUACAAAAGGAUUGUUACUCGACCAAAGGCUGUUGUAGCGUUUUGUGUGAUGUGGACCAUCGCUAUUGUAAUAGCUGUUCUUCCUCUGCUCGGCUGGAACUGCAAAAAGCUCAAUUCCGUUUGUUCGGACAUAUUCCCUCUCAUCGACGAGACAUACCUGAUGUUCUGGAUUGGGGUCACCAGCGUCCUCUUGCUGUUCAUUGUCUAUGCCUACAUGUACAUACUGUGGAAGGCUCACAGCCACGCUGUUCGCAUGAUUCAGCGGGGCACACAGAAAAGCAUAAUCAUUCAGUCUACAGAGGAUGGUAAGGUACAGAUCACUAGGCCUGAUCAAACUCGUAUGGACAUCAGGUUAGCUAAAACCUUGGUCCUUAUCCUAGUCGUUUUAAUCAUAUGCUGGGGCCCUCUCCUUGCCAUCAUGGUGUACGAUGUCUUUGGGAAAAUGAACAAGCUCAUCAAGACUGUCUUUGCCUUCUGUAGCAUGCUCUGUUUGCUGAAUUCAACAGUGAAUCCCAUCAUCUACGCUCUGAGGAGCAAGGACUUGCGACACGCCUUCCGCAGCAUGUUCCCCACCUGCGAAGGAACCGCGCAGCCCCUCGAUAACAGCAUGGAGUCUGACUGCCAGCACAAACAUGCCAACAACGCGGGGAACGUGCACAGGGCUGCCGAGAGCUGCAUUAAGAGCACAGUUAAGAUUGCCAAAGUUACCAUGUCUGUCUCCACAGACACAACUGCUGAAGCGUUGUAAGUCAGAGACUUCUCAGCGUUGUGAGAAAAUGAGUUAGUUUAAAAAAAAAAAAAUCAACAACAGAAAAAACCAAACCCGUGGCUUAACGUGUUUGUACCCUCCUGUAAUAUUUUUUUGGUUUGUCAUUGUAAGCUGAGCAAUGAUUGUAUUAAGAGCAUUGCCAUCAGCCAGUUCUUCAGGUUUUACAAUUAGGGAUUCAAGCUAACUUUUCAAAAGUUUUUUUCUCUAAAAAUGUUUAUUGAAUAAUAGUAUGUUUCCUGAAAGAGCACAGAGAAAAUACCAGGUUAGCAAUGAUUCCUUUUGGGGAUGUGAAGAAAAAUGGUGAAACCUAACUGAAAACUAAUACAUCCUAAACCAACACCAUCAAAUAAGAAAAAAAGUCUUGUAACCAUGCUGUUCAUUUCAAUGUGAAGUGUAUUUCAUGUCUGUAAGUAAUAGGAGUUUUUGAUUUUUCCCAAAAGCGACAGUGCUGAGUUUUAGAGGUUUUGUAAAACGUGUCGUGUCCUGUGAAUUGUAUGCUGUUUUAUUAUGUGUUAUUGAUAUUUGUCUGAUUAAACAAAGUGAUAAGGUAGACUUCCGUGGAAAUAAUGUGAAACGUGUUAUGUAACCCAUUGAAAACACUUACUGUAUUUGAAGAAUUCCUACGAGCUAUUUUGGAAAUUUUACACUUCUAGUGGUCUUCUGUGGACUUAGAGGAGAGGCUUUGUGUUCUUGUACUAAAAUUAUUUCCCCACUACCUUUUACUUUCACAUGCAUACGAGAGUAACAGCAACAAAGGAAUAGAGGAGGAAUGUAAGAGAGGAAUGCACUGGUUCAGACUUUUAAAUGACACUGCGUUUAUACAGAAGGACGUUUAUGGUUGUACAGACUAUCGCCCUGCUCUUGGGCAUUGCGUGAAUAUGAACACUGAAAAGUGAAGGUCCCGGAUAUUGGCUCCUUUAACGGGCUGCUGGUUUUAAGCCACGUGCUGGUGCUGGACCACUGAAGACAGCAUGUGUCAGACUCAAUGUGCGAUGUUAUCACUGUGCAGUCAAUGUAUACUUGAAGUGUGUCGCAUUCCUGUAUCCCAGGUUUAAGCAGUUUCAGAGCCUGAGAUGCCAAACUCCCAUCUUCACUAAAAGAGGAGGAAAUAUUGUCAGACUUAGACAUUUUCUUAUUGCGUGAGCGUGUAUAUAAAUAAAUAUCUAUGUGUGUGUA